ACCCCGCGAAAUUGUUUUUGGCCCAAUAUAAUGGGCUCAGUUGAGUUUCUGCCAACCUGUAACCUGGCUCGUUAUAGCGGGUGGGUCCAUAACUUUUCAUUGCUGUUGUUAAUAGAAAGACUUCCGGUUCCUGCAACUUGUUGAGUUUACUUGCAUCACGAGCCGAGAAAAUGUCCUGGUUAGCGAGGUCUAUCGCCAACACUCUCAAGCUCGACGACGAUGAUGCCGACGGGAGUGAAGAUCAUCAUAACCUUAGCGCCGGCGAAUCUGGUGCAAAGGACCCGAAAUCUUCUCCAACCGCUGAGUCUGAUGAACAUUCGCCGUCGUCAACAAUCAGUUCCACAACUCCCCGCGGCGUCAAGGAAGACAUCUCCGAGAUCACCAAGACCCUAAGUCGCCAGUUCUGGGGGGUCGCCUCGUUCCUCGCUCCCCCACCCGAAUCUCCUAGCCCUCCCGCCCGCGGCCAGAUCUCCGAUGAUUCGAUCGAGGAACCCGAUUAUCGGCAGCUUUUGGAUCCGGACGAGACUAAUGAAGAUCUGAUUGAAGGAAUACGGAGUGAUUUCGCUGAAAUCGGUGGGAGAUUCAAGUCCGGCAUCUCCAAGCUAUCGACUAAUAUGGCGGUCUCGGAGAUCACAAAGAUCGCCUCGAAUUUCCUGCAAUUCGCUUCGGAGGGAGAUGUGAACGAUGCGGACUUGAUUGGUAGCGCCGUCGGUGUGACCGAGGAGGCUGUGGCCUUCGCUAGGGAUGUUUCUAUGCAUCCGGAGACUUGGCUUGACUUUCCCCUUCCAGAAGAUGACGAUUUUGAGGAUUUUGACCUGUCAGAUGCCCAACAGGAGCAUGCCCAAACUGUUGAGCGCCUUGCCCCAAGGUUAGCUGCUCUUAGGAUUGAACUCUGUCCUGGUUAUAUGAGCGAGGACUGCUUUUGGAAAAUUUACUUCGUCCUUCUGCACCCUAGACUUAGUAAAGAAGAUGCUUUACUGCUGUCUACUCCACAGAUAAUGGAAGCUAGGGCAAUGUUAUCUCAAGAACUACAGAGGAGAGCAAAGACAAAGCCCAGUUCAGGUUUCUCAGAACCUGAUGCUUCAGUAGUAUCCAAAGAAGAUGGUGGUGAUUCAUCCCAGGAAGCUUAUCUUUCAGUGCCGUCUCAAAACGAAUCUGGUUCCAAGGAUGCUCCAGUUACAGCAGUGCCAUACAGUGCUGCUAUAGGUGGUGAAGCAGAAAAAGAGAAGCACCCAGUCCAAAGUACCGAAGUGGAAAUAGUCGACAAAGCUGUUGUCGAGGAAGAAAUAGUUCCUCUCCAGAAUAAUAAGCAACAGUUGAACCCAUCUGCUUCGAGCUCAUAUUCUCAUGCUGCAAAUGAUAAAUACGAGGAUGAUGGUGACGACUGGUUGAAAGACGAAAGUUCUGAAAUGGUUGGUGGUGGUGGUGGUGGUGCCAGUGGGACUAUGAAACAUAUUGAAGAUGACGAGGAUGUGUCAUUUAGUGAUCUGGAAGAUGACGAUGAAGGGGAAGUGCCUAUAACCUAUAAAAAGUAACAACCUCAGAUGGUUCAGCCAAAGAUUCACGGGACUGGGUUGAGCUGAGCAGAAGUUGAGGUGACUCGGUGAAGGACAUUAAUCCUAUAAAUGCAAAAGGUGGUAGCGGCGGACAGGCAAUUUCCCAACCAUCUGAGAACAGUGGAGCUAAUGGUUGGCUAGAUGUUUGAGAACAUCGUAGUGAUUUGAUGAACGAGGGUUAAGCCUCAAGUAAGGUGAGCGUUUUCUGCAAUCCUUUUCUUUCCCCCCUUUUCUGCUGCUGUGAAUAUCUUAUGUCCUGCAUAUGGUGUCCUCUCUCUUCAGUCUGAGUCAGGCUGAAGGGAACUCUCUACGCGUGUACAUAUAGCUGAACCUGAAAUCGGAUGUUAUGGUGCUCAUGAUAUGUGUAUCUGUGCUGUGUAAUAAUUUCUUUUCCCAUUC